AAAUGAAAAUAGAAAGAUGAUUGAAAAAUCAGAAUAGAAAAGAAACAGCAUCUAGGUUCCGUCCGUUUUCCUCCUACUUUAACCGGAUCCGCCUCCGUCUCCGUCUCCGGCAAUCUCUCUCUCUCUUCUCUGUGUGCGCGGUCGGGUCUGGGAGCUCUCUGUCCAGGGUUUCGCACUGACCUCUCUGGCUGAUCUUCAACGAUUACUGGAAGAAUGGUGCGAGCAUUGCUCAACAAGCUCGUCUUGCGCUCUCUCUCUGUCGCCGGAAAAUGGCAGCAACAACAGCUUCGCCGUCUCAACAUACACGAGUAUCAGGGGGCUGAAUUGAUGAGCAAAUAUGGGAUCAAUGUUCCAAAAGGCGUUGCAGUAUCUUCUGGUGAUGAAGUAAAAAAGGCAAUUCAGGAUGUAUUUCCCAAUCAAAGUGAGUUGGUGGUCAAAAGCCAAAUUUUGGCUGGUGGGAGAGGCUUGGGAACAUUCAAAAGUGGUCUCAAGGGUGGAGUUCAUAUUGUUAAGGCUGAUCAGGUUGAAGAGAUAGCUGGGAAGAUGCUUGGGCAGGUACUUGUAACCAAACAAACUGGUCCCCAAGGCAAAGUUGUCAGCAAGGUCUACUUGUGUGAAAAAUUGUCACUCGUCAAUGAGAUGUACUUUGCUAUCACUCUGGAUCGUAAAACUGCUGGUCCACUUAUAAUUGCCUGUAGAAAAGGGGGAACUAGCAUUGAAGACCUUGCAGAGAAAUUCCCGGAUAUGAUUAUAAAGGUUCCAAUUGAUGUUUUCAAUGGAAUUACUGAUGAAGAUGCUGCCAAGGUUGUUGAUGGCUUGGCUCUUACUGUGGCUGAUCGGAAAGAUUCAAUUGAACAAGUGAAGAAAUUAUAUGAACUUUUUUGCAAGAGUGACUGCACAUUGUUAGAAAUCAAUCCCAUUGCAGAGACUUCUGAUAAGCAGUUGGUAGCUGCUGAUGCAAAGUUGAACUUCGAUGACAAUGCUGCCUUCCGUAAUAAAGAGAUAUUUACUCUCCGCGAUCCAUCACAGGAGGAUCCUCGAGAGGUUGCUGCUGCUGAAGCAGAUCUAAACUAUAUUGGCUUAGAUGGAGAGAUUGGUUGCAUGGUGAAUGGCGCAGGAUUAGCAAUGGCCACAAUGGAUAUAAUUAAAUUGCAUGGGGGAACUCCUGCCAAUUUUCUUGACGUGGGUGGGAAUGCUUCUGAAGGCCAGGUGAUUGAAGCAUUCAAGAUAUUGACUUCUGACGAGAAGGUGAAAGCAAUAUUAGUGAACAUAUUUGGGGGAAUAAUGAAAUGUGAUAUAAUUGCAAGUGGAAUUGUCAAUGCUGCCAAAGAGGUUUCACUGAAAGUACCAGUCAUCGUUCGUCUUGAAGGCACCAAUGUUGACCAAGGAAAGAGGAUUCUAAAGGAAAGUGGUAUGACAUUAAUAACAGCAGAUGACCUUGAUGAUGCUGCCGAGAAAGCAGUUAAAGCAGCGUACAAAUGAGGGAAUCCCUCAACUCUCUAUGUAGUUUUAUCUACUUCUGCAUGAUUCUUUUUUUGUCGUGAAUCCGAUUUGCUCUUUCCAGUGUUCUUGGCGGAAAUACGUACAGACAAAAAAUUUGAAUUGAUGUAAGAUUCUGAUUGAAUCUAAGAACAGUUGUCAAAGCUUUCCCUCCUCAAGUUUUAAAGAGGAUUUAAUAAAGAUGAUAUGAUAGAGCGGCUCAA